AGUAGUACAGGAAUGUUCACCUGUUGUCCAUCGGCUCUCUUCACAAACCAUGUUCGAGUCGGGUGUAAAGUGGGACAAAAUUAAGACUUGCGGGUGCGUGUUCUACCAACGUCGAACUUUGGGGUGCAAAAUGAAAUUUUCCCAAUCAAGCGGGGUAGUCCUUUUCCCCGUUACAUCCGCCUCGGAGGAGGUUGAAUGAUCAGAUUCCCGCUCGCUCUUCCUCGCUGCUAUCAUCGCUCGAUUCAACUCCGGCGCCGGUGAACACCGUUUUGUCGUCAGAAGGUACCAGCGGGAUCUUUCAGAAUGCUUAUGGUGAAGAAUCUCUGUUGAAAGCAGGGCAUAACCGAGCUUUUAAUUGGAGCUUCUGACUGGAAGUCAAGAUGCGAUGCUCAGGCGGAGAGCGGUCCCUGUUCUUGGCUUCUUCUCAGGUUUCUCAGCAUCAGCAGCAACCUUCAAUGGAUUGCGUUUCCUCUGUUCCUCAAGAACCCACCCGGGUACGCUCCGAAGGCUGCAGAAUCGUCUAGUUUCUCUGUUACAGAGGCACCCGCCCAGCCGCCGAGUCGCCCAGCAGGUCCACUGUUGUGCCGUCGCCAGCGGCUGUUUCUCUUCGCUCCACCUUUUCAACACUCUGCUCCGCUGCUAUUCCCUCGCAGGAUCCCCUCGAGAAGCUUUCUUGCUCUGCAAGCAAUUUCGGAGCAGUGAUGGCUUCUCUGCGACUCCAUUUGACAGCUUCACCUUCACUUUCCUCCUCAACACAUGCGCCGCAUUAGGCUCCGCUGUCCCUGGAGCUCAGCUUCAUGGCCUCUCGAUGAAGUCGGGUUUCGAAUCCCACGUGUACGUUCAGACAGCCUUGGUCUAUAUGUAUGGGAGCUGCGGCUUCUUGGUCGAAGCCCAUCAGGUGUUUGUUGUAAUGCCGGAGAAGAACUCCGUCUCAUGGAAUGUCCUCAUUACAGGCUUCGCAAAAUGGGGCCAGCCCGACUUCGCUUGCUCUCUCUUGGAAAAUAUGCCAGCACCGACCGUCGUUUCUUGGACUGCAGUAAUUGAUGGGUAUGCACAGAUGAAUCGGUUUAAUGAAGCAUUUGGGCUGUUUCGGAGGAUGGUUGGUGAUGAUGCAGUUGGACCCUCUGAAAUAACAAUAUUCGCAAUCAUUCCAGCAGUUUCCAACCUCGGGGACGUGAGGAUUUGCCAAUCUGUUCACUGUUAUGGAGAAAAGAGAGGAUUCAAUGCUUCUGAUAUUCAGGUCAUGAACUCCCUCAUCGACUCGUAUGCAAAAUGUGGGUGUGCUUUGAGCGCAUGGAAGGUCUUUUCGGGUAUUCCAAUAGAGCAGAGGAAUUUGGUCUCGUGGACUUCAAUCAUCUCAGCACUUGCAAUGCACGGUAAGGGAAAAGAAGCGCUGGAAAACUUUGAGAGGAUGAAGAGAUGUGGCCUGAAACCGAACAGGGUCACGUUCCUGAGCAUUUUAAAUGCAUGCAGUCACGGUGGUCUGGUCGAGGAAGGACUGAGAUUCUUCGAGAAGAUGGGUGCCGACUAUGGAGUCAAGCCCGACGUUAAGCAUUACGGGAGUUUGAUAGACUUGCUGGGAAGGUCAGGAAGGCUGGAAGAAGCGGAAAAGGUCGCGUCAGAGGUUCCUCCAGAGAUUGCGAAUGAUGUGAUAUGGAGAACUCUUUUAGGUGCUUGCGGCUUUCAUGGUGAUAUUUUGAAGGCAGAGAGGGCGACAGAGAAGAUCCUGGAGAUAGAGAGGGGCUAUGGAGGGGACUAUGUGCUGAUGUCGAAUAUUUUUGCGGGAGCUGGUCGGUUUCAGGAUGCAGAGAAGUUGAGAAAACUGAUAGAUCAGAGGUGCACAUCCAAGGUUCCGGGCCAUAGUUUGCUUUAGGUAAUGAUGCAGUGAAUGAUUCAACAAUUCGGAGCAGCCUUUGCUUCCGUCCUCCAUUGGUAGUACAAUUGCUCAAGAGCUAAUAUACGUGAAUUUCAACCUUCCAACGAGCUGAAAGCAGCUUCAAGGAUUCGUGAAAGCAUUAAUCCUUCUGACCGAGGAAUAGGAGUCAGUUCUAUUUGAUUCGUAGAUGUGCAACGGUGAGCUCAUCGUUCUCCAUAAUGUGGUAAGCAAAGGUGCUCCUAAAACAAAUUCCGAAGCCAUGUAAGACGACUGCUAUUUUCUGGGCGAACAGUCGCUGAGGUAUGUUGAGCCCCGGCAAUGGAGAGAGCAGCAAAAGCAAUUGCUCCGUAUUCAGUAAAAGAGGUAACAUGCUGGAGGCUCGGAGCUAUAGAUAGCGAAAGUAUGCAGAACUUAUUACUUCAGCCAGCGCAAGCGCAAACAUUGCUCGAUGAUCCGAAAAUUCGGUAACACCAAAUCGUAUUCUAAGGUUCAAUGUACAGCUGAAAUGCGGGAGAGAUUCAAGGGUAUGUUCAUGAAUCCUGUCAAUGCGUAUUUCCCAUUGACAUUCAUUGAGUCUGUGAGCAGACCGAAUUCGAUUCAGAAACAAGCUUGACAGUUGACUUCAUCUUUUUGAGAAAACAAGGUAAUAUUUUUAAAGUUUUCUUUUCGGUAAUA